AUGUUUGAUGUCAUAUCAGACGAGAACCAGCUUACUGAUGCCUGUGAGCACAUCGCGGAUUACCUUGAAUCUUACUGGAAAGCAACGCAUCCGCCAGAGAUGGAGCCUUCAAAUGCACUUGUAGCACAGCUGGCUGAGAACACAUUGCCUGCCUCUCCAGCAACAGUACCGGAUGAGCAGAAGAGUAAGAAGCAGGCUGCCUCCAAGAGGAAGGGUUCAGAUGAGAACCACCCAGACAAGGAGACCCCACCCGCCCCACAUCAGGAGGACAGAGUUGAAAAAGGCCAAAGAAAGGAAGAAGAGGAGCGACAUCUGAGGACAGAACCAAAAAGAUCGCAGCACACCCACCACCAUCACCACCACCACCACCGCCACCGCCGGAUGGAACACCACAGCCACGCACAGCACAGCCAAAUAUCUGGUGACGUGAAUGCAAAGUCAGGUAGAGAUUACAGCCAGAGGCCUCCAAGGAGACCCCUGUAUGAGGAGAGGGAGGACAAGGUGGAGGAAGUGGUGGUGGAGGGCGAUGAGGAGGAAAUACACUACAACCACCGGGGACAUAACCAUCACCACCACAGUAGCAACCACCACCAUCAUCACCAUCAUCACAUACGCCAUCGUGGCCAGCUGCAUGACAGGGAAGGCUACGAGCAGGAGCACAACGAACACAACCGACAUCAGAGGCAUCACCAGCAUAUCCCAACACGGACACACCAUGCAGACCUCUAUCUUGUGUAACCGGGUUCUGCUUCACUCCACUGUACCAGGCCGACCCAAGUAACCCCUCGACUCUGCGUUGUGUAGAUGUUUUUAAAGACCAGGAGUUCUGGGUGAACAGGCAGUUUAUUUCCUGAAUGAGAACAGAUCGGGUUGGAAUCAAUGCAAUGGGUCAGCUUCCCUCAGCACACUCUUGUGCAGCUUCCAUAGACUGGCACUGAUUACAGUACAUUAAUAUUUUUAACAUUCAAUGAAAAAUACAAUAAUAAAUGAUGUACCUGAAUGAGAACAGAUCGGGUUGGAAUCAAUGCAAUGGUUCAGCUUCCCUCAGCACACUACAACAGAGCAUCACGUUGACUUUAACUUAGCACA